CAGUCAAUCAGUCAGUCUGAGAAGUGUUCGCCAAGCGGUUAGAGCUGCAAAUGCGUGGAUUUUUCGGGAUUUUCGUUUGCGUUUGUGAAAGCAAAUGUCAAUUUUUUUACAGUUUGCAAAGUUGGAGUUGUUUCACAAAUGGGUAUUCUAACCAUCAAUAAGUGGUGAUAUACGUUCAGCGUUCGAUAAAGUUUGGGCUCCAGUGGUUUAGUCAGUGAAAAUGAUGAAAUUUAUGGAUAAAUAAUUGCCCGUUGUGGGGCACUUGUGCAAGCGCCAGUGAGGAAUAAGAUUACAUGCCGUUUGAUAAAUGCUACAUCUGUUUUCUUACCAGGUGGAAAAUUGUUUAAAUUAGAAAACACCCCCAGACAGCCCUGCAGUGGAAAUCCUACAUCCCACAUUCUCACAACGGAUUUCAUGCUGGUGUAAUUACUAUCCUGAAGAAUAAUUGUGAUUGUGAGAAGGUAUUGUGAGGUGAAAUGAAACAUUUCGCGUGGAGAAAAUUUGUUACAAUCAAACAAGAAUACAUUAUGAAAAACGGAGGAUGAAAUCUUCAUAGAAAUCGAUCCUUGGUUCUGACGGCUCUGUGCUUGUGUGUAGUUCCAGUGUUUGUGAGAGCGUAUCCCGACAGGACCUGAGGCAAUUAUUUCUCUUCUUCGAAAAAUGAGAAAUCGAGAGAGAAUACGGAACGAGCAUAAGAGUAUUUGGAGAAGAAUAGUGUUCCGAGGGAUUUGUCCUGUAAAAUUGUCUCAAUGAGAAGUACUACACUUCUCUUUUCCUCCCUCUGGGCGAAACAUAACAAUUUGUGUUAUGCUAGACUUUGAUACCAUAAACACCAGUGUGUGAUAUCAGCUUUGUGGUGCGCGCAAGAUAGCCAUCAAAAAUAAGUUGGUCAUUUGAAUGAGGACACGUCAUCACAAGCAAAUAAGUUGCUCAAUUUACUAGGGAAAAGACCAAACGGAGUCUAGCUACCAAAAUUAAGCGGGAGCCAGCUCCAGCCGGAGCAUGUACCGUAGGUGUCCGAUUAGGCCGCAAUAGGCCUUGAGCGAACGUUUCGUGGCGUGAAAAAUCAUCCCUCCGAACUCUCACACACCACGGAACCAAGCAGCAACGUACAACUGUUUGGUGCUACCAAUGGCUGAGGUCAGCAAAACUAACAGCGACAGUGCGAUGCCUGUAUCUUCGGGAACGACAGCACCGGGAGUAGCACCGCAUGAACUCACUGAGGUUUCGGUUGUGGACAUUAAUGCAUCGCAAGCAGCAUCUGCCCCUCCCAUGUCUACACCAAUAGCUAGUGCGGCCUCACCGAUGCCUCAUCUACCAUCGGCAACUUUGCAUGCCGGAAUUGGAACCAGAAGUGGGCCCUUCAAUCUAUCAAACAGUACAGAUCUGACGGCAGUUGCCUACAAUUCGUACACCCAAAAUGUACGCUGCAAGUCCCCACCGGCACUGGUCGAUAAUCUCAAGAACGGAAUGAUUGGGAAUUCUCAAAGCGCGCUCUGUAAUGGCGCUAUCAUAACAAACGGGCAGAGUAAGGAUGCAAAUUUUCCACAUGGACUAGUAAGGAAAGUUUUAAACAGCAGUGAAAAUGGCCAAAAGAAAUCAAUGGUGUCGCUCACACAUCUGCCAAAGAGGCCCUCGAUCGAUAUCGAAUUUAACGAGCUAGCUUACUCGGUGUCCGAAGGACACAAACGUAGCUACAAAACAAUACUCAAAGGUAUCAAUGGGAAAUUUCGCUCAGGUGAGCUGACCGCCAUCAUGGGACCGUCUGGUGCGGGCAAAAGCACGCUCAUGAAUAUUCUCGCCGGUUAUAAAACGUCCAACUUGAUCGGAUCGGUGCUAAUUAACGGUAAAGAGCGAAAUCUGCGCAAGUUUCGCAAACUCUCCUGCUACAUCAUGCAGGACGAUCGUCUGCUGCCAUAUCUGACCGUGAGGGAAGCGAUGAUGGUUUCUGCCAACUUGAAGCUAGAGAAGGACAUUUCGCUCGAUCUGAAGAAGGAAAUUGUUGAAGAAAUUAUCGAAACCCUGGGGCUGCUCGAAGCGGCCAGCACAUUGGCGCUAAAUCUGUCCGGUGGACAGCGCAAGCGGCUGUCGAUCGCCUUAGAACUAGUGAAUAACCCACCUGUAAUGUUCUUCGACGAGCCAACCAGUGGACUGGACAGUGCGACCUGCUCGCAACUAAUUCACCUGCUGAAAUCACUGGCCCGCGGGGGACGAACUAUCGUUUGUACGAUCCAUCAGCCCUCAGCCAGGAUUUUCGAGAUGUUUGACAAUUUGUACGUAUUGACGGAAGGACAAUGCAUCUAUCAAGGACUUGUGAACGGUUUGGUUCCGUUCCUUGCUUCGCUUGGGCUGGAAUGUCCUAGUUACCACAAUCCCGCCAAUUAUGUGAUGGAAGUGGCUUGUGGGGAGCAUGGAGAUUGGAACAGCAAACUCGUGACGGCAGUCAACAACGGCAAAUGCAACAAUUACAACCAACCAGUCCUAGCUCAAAGUAAAUCACAGAAAAACAUAACACGGGAAGAUGACCAGUCAGCAGAGAAGAUUGUUCAAGUUUUAUCGCUGAGGACUGGCGAAGACGAUCUGGUAAAGCCGUCAGCGGUGCAGUUUACCACUAUCAAUAUGCCCACGACGGAACCGAUGAACAAUGAGAAUAAAUUCGCAUCUUCUCUUAGCAGUAAAACAACCGAUGAUCCAUGCAGUAUAGUAGCUACAGCGACUAGCUCUACGAUUGUUGGUUCCCACGCAGCCGGUGGAGGAGGCCCCUCUGCGUCAUCGAAGCCUACAUGCACAACGUCGCUGCUGGACUCGACGGAAAGUGUCAGUAUCGCAGUACCAAAAAAGCUGACCGGAUUUCCAACUUCCGGCUGGAUGCAGUUCUGGAUACUGUUGAAGCGAACCUUCAUCACAAUCAUGCGUGAUCAAACGCUGACACAAAUGAGGCUACUGUCGCACGUAAUUGUGGGUGCGAUUAUUGGGAUGAUUUACUACGACAUCGGUAAUGAUGCGGCCAAGAUAAUGAGUAAUGCUGGGUGCAUUUUCUUUACCACCAUGUUCACAAUGUUCACCGCUAUGAUGCCGACUAUUUUAACAUUUCCAACCGAAAUGGCGGUCUUUGUGAGGGAACAUCUCAACUAUUGGUACUCGUUGAAAUCGUUUUACUUCGCGAAAACGGUUGCCGAUCUUCCAUUUCAAGUAUUAUUCACCAGCGUCUACGUGAUCGUUGUAUACUAUCUUACCUCCCAGCCACUGGAACCCAAGCGAGCGGGCAUGUUCGUCCUAAUUUGUAUCUUAACUUCUCUGGUAGCGCAGAGUCUCGGGCUGCUGAUUGGUGCCGGAAUGAGUGUGGAGACGGGUGUUUUUUUGGGCCCGGUGUCCACCAUCCCGAUCAUACUGUUCUCCGGCUUCUUCGUCAACUUCGACGUCAUUCCGAAAUACCUACAGUGGCUAACGUACGUCAGCUACGUGCGGUACGGUUUCGAGGGCGCAAUGGUCUCGGUUUACGGCAUGGACCGGGAGAAACUUCAGUGUACCGAAAUCUACUGCCACUAUCGCAGCCCGCAGAAAUUUCUCGAGGAAAUGUCGAUGGACAAGGCCGAGUACUGGAUCGACGCAACGGCACUAUUCGGUUUCUUCAUAGGGCUACGCGUAGUUGCCUAUUUGGUGCUACGCUGGAAACUGCAUUCCAUCCGUUAAGUACCAACACUGACACUCAGAACCUGUAUUUGAUUUCUACCUAGUUCUGCUUUUGUAAUCGAUAUUUGUGCGCAGACUAUGAGGUAAUUAUUUAGGACCCACUAAGCCACCUUUGCUAUAAGCAUAUAAUGCUUCGUGAUAGGGAUGAUCAAUUUUUUUAACCUGAUUGUAAUCCAGAUACAGAAUAUUUUGGAAGAUAGUCACUAGCGGUACAUUAGAGUCGUACAUAAAUAAAAAAUCCCACAUUGUAGUUGCUGCAUGAACUCGAAUAGUGCUGUCACCGCCUUCCAUAGCCAUGACCAAGUGUAUUCAAACCAGUCGUUGAAAAGUUGAUCACUCCGCUUGCGAAAAUGAAUUCAAGAAACCGAAAGUAUAUUAUUCAAUAUAUCAUACACUCAUUCUCACCUGCGAAUAUUUAAAUCAAAUCAAACCACAUCAACAUACACUCAAACAAAUCUACAAGUGAAACGCGUUUAGUCAAAAUUUAUUAAUUACUAGCUUAGAUUAUCGAAACAGACGGUGAUGUUUCUGUUUAGCGCGUUAUUCAAAGAGCGAAAGCUAAAAAAAACACACAAGACAACAUAAUAUACAACUGCUAAAACCAUACCAACCCUUUUGUUCGCUAAAAUUGCAUUGUCUCAUCGAGCCGGGUAGUUUAUACAACAUAAAUUAUUAAACGAAAUGAACGAGGAAUAGCAGCCAGGAGUUGCGAGCAGUGUACUCAACUCGGCAAAUUAGACAUAUAACGUGCGGAACGUGUGAUAGGAGUGAUCAAUUAAAUUUGCAAGCAUUAAAUUAUUUGUGAGAGUAUAUCAGUAUGAUAAUUUAGCAUAAGUCAGAAAGUGAAAUGAACAUUUUUUUUAUGGAUAAAACGUGCAAAUAAGAGCAAACUACACACAAGGCAUCGGGAAACAAGGUUAUGGGUUUAUUCUUGCAACAGCGUGAUAUCGUUUUCUUGAAUUCUAUCAUUUGAAGACAAUAUUCCUCGGAGUAGAUUUUAGACGAUUAAAUUUAAAUUGAGAAAAUUCUCCGAAACGAUCGAACAAGAUAUUUGUACCACGAAAUAUCGCUAAGCGAAUAUUCAUUUUUCUUCGAUCGCUCUAGAGAAAGUAAUCCUUUUCACCAGUCCUAUGUUAAGCCACGUAUUAUAUAUGUUCUGAAACAAGAAUGAAAAGAGACAGAGCGAAGGACAUCUCGGUGUGAUUCUGAGCGCAGUAGCGAGCUGGGCACACUUUUUGGUGAUUUUUAGCUACGAAUUAGUGUGAUAUAAAACUUCAUUUUACAAAUUUAUAAA